AUGCUCCCAGAUGACGAAAAAGAAUCAUCCAUGCCUCCUCCCGACCCCGGAUUCAGGGAGGAGUUUUGCCUUCAGGAAGAGCACCGAGACUUUAACUUCCACAUCGAUACCUGCACCGCCUUCGCCGACCUUUCCUCCACCCUUCCGCCGUCACCCCUAAGCAUCUUGAAAAUGGUGUCCUUCACCGCUGCCGUGCUUCUCGCCGCUGGCGCUCUCGCCACGCCGCUCGAGAACCAACCCCGCCAGGCUAACUGCCCGUCCAUCCACAUCUUCGGUGCUCGAGAGACCACCGUUCCUCCCGGCAUGGGCACUGCGGGCGGUAUCGUCCAGUCGAUCGUCCAGGCUCACCCCGGCGCUACCUCCGAGGCUAUCGACUACCCCGCGUGCGGUGGUCAGAGCAACUGCGGUGGUGUCCAGUACGGCGAUUCGGUCAAGGCCGGCACUGCCGCGGCUGCCAAGGCCGUCAACGACUUCAACGCCAGGUGCCCCGACACCCAGAUCGUUCUCAUUGGCUACUCUCAGGGUGGUCAAAUUUUCGAUAACGCCAUCUGCGGAGGCGGUGACUCCAACUCGGGCAUCUCGGAUACCUCUAUUCCCAUUUCAGAGGCUGCCCAAAAGAUGGUCAAGGCUGCUAUCUUCUGCGGUGACCCGCGUCAUAUCGCCGGCCUCGCCUACGCCGUCGGCACUUGCCAGGCUUCUGGGUUUGCUCCCCGACCUAGUGGUUUCGUGUGCCCGCACGCGGACAAGGUUCAGCUCUACUGCGAUUCUACUGACCCUUACUGCUGCAAUGGAAACGACGCCAACAGCCACCAGCAGUAUGGUAACAAGUACGGCAGCCAGAUCCUCUCCUUUGUUAAUGCCAGGCUCACAUAA